AAGCUUCUCCGCUGACGUAAACCAUCAAACAAAAAAUAACGUUUCCGACGACACGGACGAUAAUCGUCUCUAAUCGAAAUGUUUCACCGACCGAUGCUGUGAAGCACUCCAGGUUCGAUGAUCGAUGUACUAAGAAACCCCGUUUGGCGGGAGCGGUGGAAGAAGGGUUAAAUUGAACUAUGAUAGCACCGGCGGGAUGGUGGGGUUUCUGCUGAAGUGGCCAUCAUCAACCUUCCAAAAGAAUCUCCACCACUUCCCUACCACCAUUUCGACCGUGUCGUCGGUGGAAAAUCCUAUUUACUUGCGCGAGAAAGAAAGUGAAACUGUGUGAACGGGCCAGUACCGCACACCAACACAUAGACAUCGAUCGGAACACACAAAAAAACACCAACAAGAACAGCAAAAAAGUACGCUAAAAAGUGGAGCAUAUAAGUACAUUUUCAAUAUAGAUAACGGCCUGGACAUUUAAAUUGAUAACAACGCCAGCAAAAAAAGGACGGUGGUGGUGGUGGUGGUGGUGGCGUAAGGGAAGGGCGAAGAACCCCGAAGAACGGGAGAGAAAAAAAACUUAUUUCCAUUUCAAGACGAAUCCGAAGAUUCGAUGCUCGGCCAUACAACGCCGAACAACACGAGCGGAAAUGGAAAUGGUCAGGAAAAGGGUUGAUUAAAAAAAACAGCAGCAGCAGCAGGCUAUGAGUGAGUGGGAAAAAACAACUGCCAAGUGAGAGAAAACAUUAAACCAUAGUAACGAGUGAGCAGUGAGUAACUAACCAGUGAGCACACAAGCAAACCAAACGACGAAACUGGCCAAGAAAUGGGUUCGUGCAAAAGAAAAGUGCCAAACACACCAAAAAAAAUCCCUCGAAAUUAACAAAUAAAAAGGGACAACAGGAAAAUUGAAUGCUCUUAUAUGGACAUUGACACACUAUACCUUCAACUCCUUCUUUUGCUGAAGCAAGGAAUCUCCAAAGGGAUGAUGCCCAACUUCUACGAUGGCUCCCGUCCUACGAUGGUACCGACUAGCUCCAACUUGCCGGUGUUAUUGGGCAAUGCCGUCAAUCAAGGGGAUGCAAACUCCAAAAAGUUGGCACACUUCGAUCUCGAAGCAACUCUGCAGACAAUCGAUAAUGAAGUGCUGGACGGUGAAGAAGGAAGCUGUCCGAUUUGCAAUAAAACGUUCAGCCGCAAAACCUCUCUCCUUAACCACAUCCGUAAUCACUCGGCGGAAAAGAAAUAUGUGUGUGAAUUUUGUCAGAAAGGAUUCACCCAACAGGCUAACCUGCGUAACCAUGUUCGAAUUCACACGAACGAACGGCCAUACGUUUGCGUCGACUGUGGGAAAGCCUUUACUCAGAUUACCAAUCUGAAUAAUCACAGACGAUUGCAUACGGGCGAAAGACCUUACGUUUGUAUAGAAUCCAACUGUGGCCGCUCAUUCGCACAGGUCACAAACUUAAACAACCACAUGAAAACACACCACAAGACCACCCUGUACGUAUGCAAUCAGUGUCCGCGCAAAUUUAGCCAAGUUACUCAAUUGAACCUUCAUUUAAUUACCAACCACAGUUCGACUAGAGGAUUUUUCUGUCCGCAGUGCCCCGAUAAGUCUUUUAAGCAGCAGUCCCAUCUGCAGCAGCACAUGAAAAUACACGGGACCAAUUUCGGUUACUCGUGCACCAAGUGCGAGGAAAAGUUCAUACAAGAAUCUCACCUACUGCUGCAUAUGAAGCAGCAUGGCGAUUACGCCUGUACCAUGUGCUCGAUGACAUUUAACGACGAAGUGCUGUUGAAAAAGCACGUGCAGAGGCACGUGGACGGGAGAUAUCUUACCUGUCCGGUGAUUAGCUGCAGCGAGGGUUUCACGAUGAAGAACCAUCUGACGAAGCACAUGCAGAUGCACCAUCCGGCUGUCGAUCUCAAGAAGCUGGGCGCGCUGCCCGGUGGCAAUAAGGCACCGAAACACUUCUGCCACUAUCACAACUGUAACGAUUCGUUUGAAACGGCGGACGGGCUGAGCAAUCAUUUGCGCGUGGCGCACGGGCUUCCGAUCGCGCUACCACUCUCCCUGCCGGUGGACGACAAGAAGCUCAUCCAGCACGGUUUGCACGGGUUGAAUGGGAUCGAAACACCACCGCCUCCGCCGCCCCCACCCCAUCUGCUACAUUCGCAACUGCAUCCGGCCGCAUCGGUGAUGAAUGCCAGCUUCCAGUCCUACCAGAAUCAGAUCAAUCAGGCAAACCAGCAGCAGCAGCAGGCGAACGCCGGCAAUGGAGACACCAAGCAAAAGGUUCUAUCUGUUUCCGAGCUGCUCAAUAUAAGCGAGCAGUUGAACCAGCAUCAGCAGCAGCAGCAACAAGUGCAAUCCCAUCAUCACCAUCAGCAGCAGCAGCAGCAGCAGCAACAGCAACACCUGCAUCAGCAGCAGCUUCACUUGCAGCAACGACCCGACAUGGCCAUGAAAGUCGACAUCGAUCAAAAUCUUGACGACAAAAUGAGCAAUUUCAAUAGAAUUAAAACGGAGCUGCAGGCCAACAUGUUGGCCCAGACGCAAAACCUGUUCGGCAUCUCCAACACGCUCAACAACACCUUCAACGUGCAGCCGAAACUGAUCUGCACCUAUUGCUAUAAUGUCUUCAAGACGCCCCAAACCUUAUCGCGGCACAUUGAAAAGUUCCAUAGCUAAAAUGCGAGAUGGUAGCAGAAAUGAACAGAAACAGAAAAAAAACACGGAGAAUCGUCUAGAACGGUUCCGGUCAAAAGCCAUAACGACUAUUUCAAAGUGUUUAAUUUUCCGGGCAGUUGGUGUGGUUAUUUCUGUUUGGGAUUAUUUAAAUGCCGCCGUAUCUUAAGCUCCCAAUGGCCAUAUAGCAAAAGCGCACACAACCGAUGUAUUCGAAAAUGUAAAGUCACUUGUAAAGUGGUCGACUAUCGAGCAUUUCUUAGUAGGGACAACACGCAGCAAACAAUUACGAUUAAGUUUUAGUAUACGUACCACGUCAGGAUAGUAGAGUGUAGCAAUAAUUACCUUACUUAACCUUGUGGCCCCAUCUCUUUAGUUUUAAAGCCCCAUCCCAUCCCCCCAUCUUAUGGUACCGCAUGUCGCGCUGUACAAAAUGUAAUAAAAAUGCCCCAUGAAAGUGUCGAAACAAACAAGCGUUGUAGUAUUUGCGGGUGUCCUUAAAUGUAAAGGCUUUUCGGUGUUUUAGGAUCAUAAUUGCUCAUUUGAUCGGAACGAAUCGGGAAAUGAAUUUCGAUUGUGAGAAAACGGGGCAAUGAUUCAAAUGAAAAGGAAAAAACAAGAAAAAAAGCGGCUACAAAAAAGUACAAAAUGAACAAAACAAUUUUUAAGGAACAUUAUUAAGGUGGCAAGACGAUAUCAAACAAACAAACAAACAAAAACACACACAAGGGUAGAGUAUAGUGAAACGAACAAAACAAAAAGUAUGAGAAAAAUUUUAUACUUUCCGUUAAAUUAUGAUUACUAUUGCCCCUAGUUGGUCAUGAUAAUGGGCGAUGUAAAGGGGGGGUGAGAGAUAACUUUUAACAUGAUAUUAGCGAUCAUUUGUUGUUUAGAAAAAGAAAAAUGGAAAACCCUAAAAACUCUAUAAGCGCACCUUUUUGAAUGUUCGAUUCGUCGGCUGGCUCGGUCGUUAAAGAAAAUGGUACACAACGGGGGGGAAUUUAAUCGGCACAAACGACGAUAAAGCGCUGCGUCGAUUAACUUCCCCCUUCGUUACACGUAUCGGAACUCGUACUACUAAAUGCUAAAUGUAGAGUGACGCAUGUUUAUGUCAUGAAGAGGUAACCAAUCCCCCGGGGCAAUACAUAGAGUGUAAUUGUAACAAUAAAUGGAACGAUUAUUUCGAAAAAGUGA